AUACACUCAGACCUUCCAGUCCAGCAAACCGCCUCUAUCUCUCUCUCUAUCUCUCUCUCACACACACAGCUGCAAACGAACGACUGUAAUCCACUGUUCUGCUCUCACACCAGCAUAUCCAAAGCAGGAGCAAAGAGAACAAAAUCCUGCCGCUCUCAUGCAGGGCUACAUUAUUCCUCUCCUCCUCGUCCUCAGAGUGAGAGAUGGAAUCGGGACACCUCUGACAUCGAGCCUCGUCCCUACUGAGGCCCCCAGCGGGCCUCCGGACCCCUGCGAGGGCAGACCUUGCCUGAAUGGGGGCAUCUGUAGUCGUGUGGGAGAGAUGGAGGAGAGUCCGAGCACACAGAUGCAGGCUGACUUCUGGGCUUAUACGUGCAUCUGCGGCCAGGGCUUCACUGGACAGAACUGUGAGUUUUUUGCAGAUCCAUGCGCCAGCAGCCCCUGUCUCCAUGGCAACUGUAGCCAGGACAGUGAAGGGGAUGGGUUUGUGUGCGAGUGCAGUGAGGGUUACAGCGGGGUCCGGUGUGACCUGCCUACUUUGACCUUUGACCUAUCCGAGUCCACCUGGGACCUCGCCGAGAGCCUUGUACCAGAACAUGCCACGCCUGCCACACCCGCCACACCUGCGACCACCACUCAAGUGUUCCAGCCAACCACAGUCCCCACCACCACUCAAGCUCCGCCCACCCUGGAGUCGUGGCAACCCAAACUGGGUCAAAAAGUGGUGGAGAUACUGUGGGAGGAUCAGCAGGUCACUGAUGAAGCCGAAUGUGUGAGUACUGCAGGAGGUGAGUCUGCCGGAAUGAUGACUGUUUCCAUGGAGGUCGCCGAGGAAACAGCUGUGAAGUUGGUGGGUAACGUGAGUAGCUCUGCUGUGCUGUGGCGUGUAGGUCAGGCCGGUUUUGAGCAGUGCUCUGUUGCAGAUGGUACAAUCAUGUGGUUCCAUCAGAGUUCAGAUGGCCUGGUGCUCCCUGACCAGUCCCUGCCAUUCGGACACAACUACUUCAUCAGUGUACUUCACGUUGGUGCACCCUCUGGUCCAGAGGUCACCUUGAGGCUGCAUCUCAAUGUAAAAACCAAUAACUGUAUGGAGCCCGGCAGCGGAUACAGUGACCCACAAUGCUCUGGGAAAGGAAAAUGCAUCACCCACUCCUCUGAGGACACAUUUUACUGCCAGUGUGAUGAUGGGUAUUCUGGGAUCUUCUGUGAGGAGUUUGACGCAUGUCACCUGAAGCCCUGCGAGAACAACGGCACCUGUGCUGACCUCAGACAGAGAGAUGAAGGACAAAACUACACCUGUACCUGCCAACCAGGUUUUGAGGGAGACCGUUGUCAGUCAUUGGUAGAUCACUGUGUUUCUGGACCCUGCAGGAACGGAGCCACUUGCUCCAGCAGCCUUGAAGGACCUCAUUGCUAUUGUGCUGAAGGGUAUCAGGGUGCCAUGUGUGAGCAGAAGAUUGAUCCUUGUGCUCCUGGGCCCUGCCACAAUAAUGCCAGCUGCUCCCCACAGGGUGCCGGUUUGGGCUUCAGCUGCACCUGUCCUGCAGGUUUCACCGGACCUACCUGCGCCCAGCUAGUGGACUUCUGUGCCCUCAACCCAUGUGCUCACGGCAUCUGCCGCAGCGUCGGCACCAGUUACAGGUGUCUGUGUGUGCCAGGUUAUCACGGUCUGUACUGUGAGGAGGAGUAUAAUGAAUGCUUGUCUGCUCCCUGUCAGAAUUACGCCACAUGCAGAGACCUGAUCAAUGCCUAUGAGUGCAUCUGCUCCCCACAGUUCACAGGUAAGCACUGUGAGAUAUAUAAGGACCCCUGUCUGAGGCUCAGGUGCCAGAAUGGAGGACACUGUGAGAGUGGAGGGAGAAACACAUCCUGUGUGUGUCCACCAGGAUAUAUGGGUGACAACUGUGAGGUUGACGUCAACGAGUGUGAGAGUAACCCCUGUCACCAUGGUGGCACCUGCAUCGACCAAUCAAACGGCUACACCUGUCACUGCCCUCCCGGCUGGGUCGGUGGAAGCUGUGAGAUCCAUCUGCAGUGGAAGAUGGCUCAGCCGGUCGACUCGCUGACCAACAUGCCUCGUCACUCUCUGUACAUAAUCAUCGGCUCUCUGUGCGUGGCUUUCGUCCUGAUGCUCAUCAUCCUCAUCGUGGGCAUCUGUCGCAUCAGCCGCAUCGAGUACCAGGGCUCGUCCCGUCAUGCCUACCAAGAGUUUUACAACUGCCGCAGUAUUGACAGCGAUUUCAGCAAUGCUAUCGCUUCCAUUCGCCAUGCAAGGUUUGGGAAGAAAUCCAGACCAGCAAUGUAUGAUGCGACUCCCAUCAGUUAUGAAGAUUACAGCCCUGAUGACAAGCCUCUAGUAGCACUCAUUAAAACUAAAGAUUUGUGAGGCAAUAAACACACACCCACACACACACAAUGCAAACACACAGUCACUAUUCCAGCCUUUAGAAUGAGCCAAUCCGUGCAGUAUUUAUUUCCAGACAACAGAUUUAAAAAUGAAUCAAACUUUUGAAACUGAUAUAUUUUAUCAUUGUGAACCAUGAAGCUUUUAAUUCACAUCAGGCACUAGGAGUGCUGCACAGAAUUAGUUUAAUGGAAUAAUCCCCAAAAAAUGUGCUUUGUUUGCAGACGCAAAUGUUUCGUGGAAUGUGAGUAGAUGAAUAACAAAGCUACGUUGCAAAAUGUGUCUGAGGGGGUGCGUUUAACCGAACCCUCCCACCCUCUCGACUCUGAUUACAAAUUUGAUAGCAGCAGUCCAACCAAAAGCUGUAGAAUUAGAGAAAUAGAGCUCAUAGUACAUUUAAACUGUAACUUUGUACAGAAGAAUUAAAAGAUAAGACGAUGUAGGCUGCCUUACUGGUGCAUGGAACCUUAUGUACAUUGUUAUUUGCUGUUUAUUUAUUUGUGCUGUCGUUUCACUAAGAAAAAAACUCCUGAUAUAUAUUUCAUAGUGCUUUAUAGAACGUUACUUGAAAAGAUUUCUGUUCCAGUACACCUGCAGAGCUCCCUAAGGUGUGGUCACGUUUACCUCUGUUCGACAAAAACUAGCAAAAUUCGCCAAAAUCCAGCCAUUUCAAUAGGAAGCUGUGUUAUCUGGAGUUUCACAUGAGGGGUUAAAAAAAUUAAUUCAGAGUCUGCAUGAAAUCAAAAUGUACGCUAUUUAUUUUGUUAGUGCACAUGACUAGUCUUGAAUAAUUAAAAGGUUAAUUCAAUGAAAAAAAAUAAUAAUAAUUGUGAAUUUGUGGUUCAUGCAGAUUUAAAAAAAAAUCAGAAAAACCUUGAAAGAAUUAGAAAAUACAUUGCAAACAAUAAGUCUGUUUAAACAUCCAGUAAAACACUAAAAACUAUCAAGAAUUUGCUCAUAAUUAAUCUGAAACCACAAGAAACUGGAGUUUACAUCUUUGAUUUAAACAUCAAAAUAUAAACAGACGUGCACGUUUACUCUAAAAGUUGUUUAUGCACAGAAUGAAAUCAGAGUAACUGGAAAAAACCAUAGUGUACCAUUUGGGUUUUGACCUUCACUUGAUAAAAGAACACAGCUUAUGGUGUUUACAUGGCCGUACAUGUUGUCAGAUUCUGAAGCAUAAUCAUAAGAUUGUGAAUGUAAUGCACAAGAGCCAUGGAAAGUUCAAGAACUGAAAAUGCUACCUGUGUAAUGGAAGUUGUAAGCAAAAUAAUGUAAACAAGUAGGAAACUUUGAAACUUUUAAUCUGCACAGAAUGUUUAUUGGCAUCAAAACAGACUUAAAAUAGCCUCCAAGAAUAAGAUUACCUUCCCCAUGAGUGUCUACCGAGAGUUAGUGAGCUCAGAGCAUUGGAACAAAAGAAGUGUCUCUGCCAGGUCCUGGAGUCUGGUUAAGAACGGUGUAUUUCUGCUGUGCGCUUCUGGUGUUCCUGCACUGGGUUCCAGCUCUCUCUUGCUCUUGCUCUCUUAAAUUGUUUCUGGCUGGAUUGGUACUCACACAAUGUUUUCAUUCUUUCCAUUACCCAUCUCCCUUUCUCUCUUAUCUUCCAUGUCUGCUUCUACUUAUAUGUAUCGUACACCUAUAGUUAUCCUCUUGCUUAGUAUAGACAGGUAGAAGUUGCCCACUAUGGCUGAUCUGAGACCAGUCUUGACGCCUUUUAAUGGCUGAAUGAAUAGUUUGCCUAAAAGUGAAUUUACCUCGUGUUGUUUUAUUUCUGUGAAACAUAAAAGGAAUUAUUUAGCAGAAUGUCCAAGCUGCUCUUUUUUCAUGCAAUGAAAGCACUGUAAAAAAUCACCAUAACAGUAGUCCAUAUGACACAUGCACUAUAUUAAAGAUAAAACUGUAUGAUGAGCAGAGUAAAAUACAAGAUCUCAGUCGUAGCUUUCACAUCUCAUUCAUGUUUGUAAUUAUCAAAACAGUGCAGCUCAAGAAGCAUUGUGCCACGUUUGGUUUGAAUGAUAUCUAAUAAAAUUGUUUCAGGUUUCUUAUGGCUGAUCUCGCUGUUUGAAUAUUUUGAACUGAACUAAAGGGUGAAUGAGAUUUGUAAGCUAUUUGGGAGACUUUUGGCAGUUUUACUGUGUUUUGUCCAUUUUGGAGCUUAACCAAGGUAUAUCACAGCUUGAACAUUCUCCAAAUAUCCUGUUUUAGUGUUCUACAGAAGAUCGGAAAUGAACAGCAUGGGGGCUAGUAAGGAUUUGAUCUUCAUCUGUAGGUGAAUCAGCACUUUAAGGCUGUGGGUAUUGUAAACUGGUCUAGGAUCAGUACUUAAGGGAAGCUUCUAACCCAAGCACUGUUUUUGUUAGAUAAAGAUAACACCCAUUUGGUUAUAUAUGUGGAAUGAUGUAUUAAUAAAAGUUAAAGUGGAAACCUAAA